AUGAUCCUCGCCAUCUUCGCGUACAUCGACUUUUUGUUCACGAAGAUCAAGCCUCGCAAGGUGUUCUUCAUGGCCAUCGAUGGUGUCGCGCCUCGUGCCAAGAUGAACCAACAGCGCUCUCGUCGUUUCCGUACCGCCCGCGACGCCCGCGAGAAGCGCGAGGAGGCUCUCCGCAAGGGAGAAACGCUCCCGGAGGAGAAGGCUUUCGACUCCAACUGUAUCACUCCUGGAACACCUUUCAUGGCCAGGUUGUCCGAGCACCUCAAGUACUACGUUCGCAAGCGCAUCUCUGAGGACGCCGAGUGGCGCGGCGUCAAGGUCAUCCUCAGCGGUCAUGAGGUCCCGGGAGAAGGAGAGCACAAGAUUAUGGACUUCAUCCGUAAAACGAAGGCUCAGCCCGGUUACAACCCCAACACCCGCCACUGUCUCUACGGUCUCGAUGCCGACCUGGUCAUGCUCGGUCUCAUCAGCCACGACCCGCACUUCAGUCUGCUCCGUGAGGAGGUCACGUUCGGCCGCAAGGCGAAGAAGAACGUCUCGCUCGCCAACUCGAACAUGUUCCUGCUGCACCUGUCGCUGCUGCGUGAAUAUCUAGACAUGGAGUUCCAGUCGGUUGCGGAGUCCAUCUCGUUCGAGUACGACCUCGAGCGCAUUAUCGACGAUUGGAUCCUCAUGGGCUUCUUCGUCGGAAAUGACUUCCUGCCGCAUCUGCCGGGCCUGCACAUCAACGAGGGUGCGCUCGAGACGAUUUGGAAGAUCUACAAGGAGAUCCUGCCCCAGGCUGGUGGCUACCUGAAUGACAAGGGUACCAUCUCGCUCCCGCGCCUGCAGCUCCUGCUCGACAAGCUGUCCGAAUACGAGAAGCAGCGCUUCGAGGAGGAGUACAUGGACGCCAACUGGUUCAAGGGCAGCCGGGAAAAGGAAAUCGCCGCCCUGGAGAAGGCCAAGAAGAAGGGCAAGCUCAUCAUCACCAAGGACCAGGCGAAAAUUCUCAAGCAGAUCCAGACUUUUGUCACGAAGUACCAGUCCCGCCCGAGCUCGAAGGACCGCCUCGAGAUUGUCAACACGCUCCCUGAGCGCGACCGCAAAUUUGUGCAGGAGCUCGCGGACAACCUCAAUCUCCGGUGCACCUGGGAUGAGGAGGACUCGUACGGACAGCCGCUGAUCGUCCUCGGCUUCAACGUUGAUCCGGCCGACGACAGACCGGAGAAGACCGAGAAGACCGAGGGUCAGGAGGACGGAGAGGACGCCGAGGAGAGCGAGGGCGAAUGGGAGUCCGAGGAGGACCUCGAGAGCCAGGCCGCCAUCGCCCGCGUCUUCAACAAGUACGACAAGGCCAAGGUCGUCGACAACGACAUCGAGGACUUUGAGACCUCGUAUGAGGACAAGCUCAAUGAGAAGCUCGUGGAGACCAAGAAGAAGUACUACAAGGAGAAGCUUGACAUCAACUGGGACAACAAGGAGGAGCUCCACCCCAUCGUGUACCGCUACAUCGAGGGCCUCCAGUGGAUUCUCUACUACUACUACAAGGGUGUUCCGGCCUGGGGUUGGUUCUACAACUACCACUAUGCGCCCAUGAUCUCGGACCUGAAGGACAUUGCCAGCUUCAAGUUUGACUUCGACAUCGGCAAGCCAUUCCUGCCCUUCCAGCAGCUCAUGGGAGUGCUGCCGGCCGACUCUCAGGAGCACGUCCCGCAAGCCUACCGUGACCUCAUGUAUGAGGACACAUCCCCGAUUAUUGACUUCUACCCGAAGAUUUUCGACCUCGACAUGAACGGCAAGAAGCAGGACUGGGAGGCUGUCGUGAAGAUUCCGUUCAUUAAUGAGGACCGUCUUCUCCGCACUAUGGCCCAGCGCGAGCAGCGUCUGACGCCCGAGGAGAAGGGUCGCAACCGUGUCGACACUCCGGCCACCCAGUUCACGCACGACGACACCCAGCUGACGAAUUACCCCUCGUCGCUGCCGGGCUUCUUCCCCGACCUCGUCGCGUGCCAGUGCAAGGCUGAGCCGUUCACGCUCCCCGCGAUCGGCGAUGGCGUUGACCUUAUCAACGGUCUGCUUGAGGGAGUGCGCCUCGGAGGCGAGCUCCUUGCCGGCUUCCCGUCGAUGGACACGCUGCCGCACCAGGGCUCCCUCGGCUACCACCACGUCAAUGUGUUCCAGACCGACAGCAAGAACCAGUCCAUGGUCGUCACUAUGCGCGUGAAGCCCGACACGGACUCGACGGCCGAGAUUGCGAAGAAGCUCCUCGGCCAGAAGACGUUCCACUCGUGGCCGUACCUGCACGAGGGUAUCAUUGCCGCCGUCUCGGACGACAGCUGCAAGUACCACCUGCAGGCGUCUGGUCGCAAGAUGAACAUCGUCUCGAAGCACCACGACGGCUUCGGUGCCGUCAAGUGGCGCAAGGAGGCGGACAAGAUUGAGCACCACUACUCCAAGAGGUACGGUGUCAUCACCGGCAGCGUCGAUGUCGUGCUUCACAUUAGGCCCCUGAAGGGCCUGAAGCACCUCGACACUGGUGCCUUCGUCAAGGACUACGAGGGUGCCGACAAGGAGAUCCUGCAGGCGCGCCAGAUGGCUGUCGACCGCAUCGCCGUUGAGGACGAGCGCUACACUGAGCAGCCUGCGCCGCCCAUCGCCGAGGAAUUCCCCAAGGGCACCAAGGUCAUCUUCCUCGGCGCCAUGGCGUACGGUGUCGCUGCCCAGGUCAUCGACACGACCGAGGACGCGCUCAACAUUGAGAUUGCGUUCUUCCCCAACGAGCAGCGCGAGAACGUUCAGUUCACUAGCAUCGUUCUCCAACGCCCGAGCUCGCACUACUACCCCUCUCAUGUCCUCGCCCGUCGCCUCGGCAUCUCAUCGCUGGCGCUCUCGCGCAUCACCUCGACGCUCAUGGUGUCGCUCAACGGCAACCAGAAGACGAACAUCGGUCUUGCGCUCAAGUUCGAGUCCAAGGGCCUCAAGGUCCUCGGUUACUCGCGCAAGAACGACCGCGGAUGGGAGUUCUCGGAGAAGACGUUUGACAUUCUCAAGCGCUACAAGGAGGCGUUCCCCGAGCCGUUCCGCCACCUCGACAACCGAAGCGGUGAUAUGGUCACCGCCCAGGAGCUUGCGCCGUCGGCCGAGAACCCCAUCGAGGUUGUUCGUGCUAUGCACAAGUGGCUCAAGACCGAGGGCCUCACUGACCUCGACCCUGUCAGCCUCUUCUCAGAGCAGCUCGAGAAGGAGGCCGUGCAGCAGAUCCAGCACGUUGAGGAUCUUUUCCGCCAGCAGAAGUCGCGCGAGACCAUCAAGCGUGCCCUCGUAAAGGGCAUCCCCCGCCAGGCUGUCUUCAAGCCCGAGCACUCGCAGUACCGUCUCCAGGGACAGCAGUUCUGUCUUGGAGACCGUGUCACGAUGGCCCAGGACCGUGCCGCCGGUGGUGUGCCCCUCGCCAUGAAGGGAGUCGUUGUCGGCAUUAACACUCGCGACAUCGACGUCGUCUGGGACGUGCCCUUCAUGGGCGGCGAGACGCUUGGCGGACGCUGCGCCGAGUACCGUGGCUCGACCGUGCCGUUCACGGCUGUGCUCAACCUGACCCGCCCUCAGCUCCAGGUCUCGUCUAACACGGCCCCGAGGGCUGUCGGCCAGCAGGCCGAGUUCAAGCCUCAGCUCGGCCCGCGCCCCGUUGUUGCGCCUAAGAACUAUCAGCCCUCGACUGCGGCCGCGCAUAACCCGGUCAAGAUCGCCAAGAAUCCUAAGCACAGCAUUGCUCCUCCCGUCGGCGAGCUCAAGUAUGGCGCUGCCGCCAAGGGCCAGAAGCCAUCCGAGGCUGCUCUCGCUGCUCAGUCGCAACAGAACCGUCUCCAGGCCACACUGCUGGGCAACGGCGGCAAGGCGCACCCUCAGCCUCGCCAGCACCCUGCUCCCAUCAAGCACGUGAAGCCCGUCUCACCCAAGGUCGCCGCGCGUCGUCUCUCAGGCGGAGGCAGCUUCAACCACGCCGCCUUCGCGCAGGAGCACGCGACGGCCCACCCUCAGCCGCCUCUCUUCGCCCAGCAGCCUCCGCCCCAACAGCCGCAAGUGCAGCAGGGUGGACCUGUUCCGGGACGAGGAAGAGGUGGACACCGGGGACGUGGCGGCCACCAGAACAGUCUCCACGCCCAGCCUGGUCAGCCCGGUGCCGGACGCGGCGGACCGCCCUUCCGUGGAGGACGGGGUGGUGGCCGUGGCGCCCACCAGGGUGCGCCCCGAGGUGGAGCCCAGCUGCACAAUGGCGCUCCCCGUGGCAACUUUAGAGGAGGCCGCGGCGGUCACCGUGGCGGACGCGGAGGCGCCCGUGGAGGACAUGCUGGUCCAGCCGGCCAGGCGGAGCAGUCGAACGAGCCUAAGGAGGGCUCCUCGGCUAACACUGGCGAGUCCCAGCCUGCUGCCGCUCCGGCGCCGGCCCCUGCUGCGCCCGCUGCGGCUCCAGCCCAGCCUCAGGCGCCUGCCCCGGCCGCGCAGUCGACGAGCGACUAG